GAAAUAAUCAUCUUUUUCGUUUUCCACUCUCUACUAUUUCAAGAUGUUGUUCGGCGCCGUUAUUGCCCCGGGUAGCAGUGUCACCCCUAAAAAUGAGCUCGCUAACAUUGUCCACAUUUCCCAGGUCUGCCUGAACGAUCCCAAGAACAGCGAAAAGACUUACGUGCAGCUUAUUGAUGGCAACAAGAGCUUCAACUUGUGUGUGUUGCAGAAGGACGUUUGUGAACACGCCAGUAUCGACAUCUUCUUCUCUACUGCUGGUGGUAUCAAGUUGUCUACUAAGGGUGGCAAGAACGAGGUUCACGUUGUUGGAUACUUUGAGCCUGAAGAGGAGAGCUAUGUAUCUGACAGUGACGACGAGGAGCUUGAUGAGGAUGAGGGUGAUGAUGAAGAUGACGCUGGAUCCGCUGACGAGGAGCCCGCUUCUAAGAGGAAGAACUCUGGAAAGGGUGGCAAGAAGUAAUUCAUUUGACACUUCAGAAUCUACGUUCGUUCAUCGAUUAUUGACCUAACUAUGCAUUCCCAUUAUCUUUCAAUAUGUCCUUUACCAUAUAGGCUUUUGGGCGUGUAGUUUGCAUGUACAAUAUCGACGUUCAGUAGAUAUUUACUUUGCUACUACAUGAUAUGGUGUUAUGUGUUAGUGAAGUCUUCUUUUGAUGCAGUGUUUCAUCUCGUUGUGCCGAAUGCCGGAGUUGUUAAACGAUCAAAAUGGCGCGUAGCCAAUGAUACAAACAUAUAGAU